AUGUCCCCGGAAAUACCACCAUAUCCUUCUCAACCUCCCCACGACGCCUCCACCGUGUUCGAUUCUUCGUCACCGCCUUCACCUGCACCGCCGGCGGAGAUGUUUCCCCUAGGGACAGAUGAAUCAGAUGCUUUACUGGACCUGGACUGGGCGGUGGAGGGUGUCAUGUUGGAAGACAGCGUGCCUUUCUUCAGACUUCAAGUGGGCCCCGUGGCUAUGGAGAUUGCAGGCGCAGCUCAGUUGAGCGGCGUUGCCGUCAGACAAGUGUGCAGUGAAUUGAAGGACUGGAAUACAUUCUUCGACGCUCAAACGUCUUCCCUCCAGCCGCUGCCAUUUUGCCGACAUGAUCUCGUCCCUGGGGAGCUCCUGAAUUUUACGCCUGAGUACAUGAUGCUUUGGAACAAGAAAUGGAUGGUCAUUGGGUGGUUACACAUCGUAUUGAGCCAGGACGAUGUCAAGGCUCAAAGCAAUGUCCGUAGUUGUGUCUUAAAGGCUUUGGCAGCCUGGGAUGGUGCAGAGAUUGAUGGUUCAUGA